AUGGAAACUCUAUCAUUUCUAUUGCAUUGAUACGCAAAUGCAAAAAUUUAUACAAAGUCCGAAUUAUAUACUUCAUAUUUAAUAUUAAAACCACUAUUCAAUUUUUCACAUCAAACACUGAUAUUCUUCAAAUCUUAAACAAAGUCUAUUAAAUCCCAAACACUUGGAUAUCACUCCACAAAAAUCACUAACCUCUCAUCCCCAUCCAACUCCCCAUCCAUUCCUUAAACACGUUCAAAAUUACCAUAUUACGCAACGUACAAUACAUCGCCGCACGAUAUCCUAACCUAUUACGAUUCAACCCGAACUAUGCACCAUACCGAGAGGAAAAUCGAUUAGAAGAAUAUCUUCGAAGGUUCGCCGUUUUUUUUAGCGGGAAAUCUGGCGCGGAACCGGAAGCAGAAAUCAACGUAGAAAAAAGAAAAAGGCCGAAAGGCAGGAGCAACGUUCAUAGAAAGGGAGUGGAAAGACUCGGCACUCAACGAAGGAGAUAUCCUCGUGAGUCGGUGUGUGCCCCCGAGUCUGCGCGAUACAGUUUAUUUGAAGCCGAGUUGAGGGUGGGGGUAACGGUCGGUCGUUCGUUGGCGCGUCCUCGCGGAUCGCGGUUGAGCUUUAGUCGCACGAUCUCGUCCGCUAGCGUCGGGCUGUUCUACGUCGAGUCUCGAAGCGUCUCGAAUCGAUCGAUGGAUCGAUCGCGCUGUCGCGUCCCUCCUCCUACCGCCCGAUUCCUCGAGAAGUCGACCGAUCGUGUUCAGUCUAUCGUUGAUCGUUGAUCGAUUAGUUCUGAUCAUUGCUCGGUUCGUGUGGCGGAAUAGAGAAUUGUCGUCGAUGAUAAAGAGGAUCCGGGUGAAAGUUUUUCAUCAAAACAUCGUUUCGUUCUCUCUCGUGCGUGGUCAUGCUCGUAACCGUAGCGAGUUGUAUAGUGCAGGUGAACCGCAUGCGUGAUAGAAUCCGCGCAUCCGUUCGAUCCCGUGGCUCUUAAGAGGUUAUACACACGCGUUUACGGGAUUUUUGAGAUUCUACCUAUUGGGAAGGAGGCUGAGAGCGGUGAGAAAGAAGAAGAAGAAGACGAGACUCGCGGUGGAACUGCCGAACCUCGUCCGAUUUACACGCUCGCUGAAUCUGGUGUCUGAAUGAAAUCGUGGAAAUCGCGGGACGAUGUCGUCGAGUGGUGAAUUUUCGACACUGUCGAGCGGCGAGGCGACCGGAACCGGAGACGACUCGUUGCCCAGUUCUCGAGAGGCGACCGCGGAAGCUGCGGGUUCGGGUGCCGGUUUCAUGCCGCUGCGCGAGUUCCUCGACAGAUUCUCGUUACCUAGGGUGGUGAGGGUGGAAGGUGCCGGUGGAAGGCCGAUAUUGUUGUACAAGCAACAGCAAAGAUCGCUGAGAGUCACGGCUACGCUGCUGAUGCAUCGCUACCGGCAUGACGUGAAGGUUGGACCUGAGAUUGUGAUUCCGGAGGGAUAUCCUGGCUGGUUCUCCGUUGUCUCGAACAACAGUGGUACCGGAAGUGCCAGGGUGUAUCGAAGAGUGGGUGCCUUGGUUCGAGCUGGCGUCCCAGCAUUUCUCCUUGCCAAACCUCUGAGGGCCUACACUCUGACACACUCCAAAAUGGAGAACGGCAACCUGCGGGCCCACUACACGAAAACGACGGUGAGGGCCGGGGAGGUUCUGCGACUGGCGGCGGUUUUCCAGGACACGCGGAGGGCGCCUGUCCCGAGCGGUAUUUCCGGGGUGGUGAGCGCGCCGGAGGGCAAGAGUUCGAGGUCGUCGGAGCGAGACCAGUACGCCCAGUGCCUGGAUUCGCACGGCCACGAACUGUUCGCGCCCCUUUCCGCGCGAGGAGAGUUCUACGCGACUUGCCAGAGCGGGAGCCUCGACACAGGAAGCGACGCCGUUCUCUACAGGGUGCACCAGCUGGCCAGGAGGGACCUUCCUCUAAGGGUGCGACUGGUCGCCGGGCCCUUGCCGAUACCGUUGCCCCGAGAUUACAGCGGCCUGAUGCAACUGGAAGGCGCGACCAGAGGUCCCAUAGUGCUGGGAUGCGCGGUACCUUUGAUGCCGGAGAGGCCCCUGCCCAACUCCACCGUCCCCGAGCUCCUCGAGCUGGUCGCAACGGGACCAACCGCGCCACGAGUGAAGAGGGCCAGGCUGGGCUGCCCAUCCGAGGCUCGGCUGCUCGCCUCGCCCAAGAUGCAGCGAUUGCUUUCAGCUUGCAGGAGGGCGUUGGACCAGAGGGCGACGGAGCCGCGGGUGGCGCCACCCAAGCCGCCCGCGAGCGGCGGCCAGUUAAAGGAGCUUCACCUGAAGGAGAUCAAGUCGAAGCCGGAAGCGAAGCCGAUCCUCCAGAGUCUGAAGGAGGGGUUGGAGCACAUCAAACGGACCACGAUCAGGGAUCGCAGCAACGGGCGGGCGGCGGGCGGCGGCAACAACCACGGCUUCCUCGACCGGAUCUCGAGGAUAGCCCAGGGUGGAAGGGGAGGGAGGAACCCGGCCAAGAAGUCGGCCUCGUUCACGUUCGCCGUCAGGCCUGAAAUCGGCAUGAGGUCGGAGAGAUACGCGAGCCUCGAGUCGGAGGCGAAUCUGAUCCAGGCGUCCGCGCCGUCCUCCAGACACCAGGUGCAACGAUCCGUCUCGACCAGCGUGCUCGAGGUCCAGACCCAGCAGGACAUGGAUCCACCUUACUCCAAGGUCAGGGACAGCUUGACCCCGCUACCAUCCACCCCGCCGUCGUCCAAGACGGAGGAGAUAUACGCGGAGAUCUGCGAGCCUACUACGAGCCCUGCCCCGUCCCCGGAGGAGAAGCCUCCCCCUCCACCUCCCCCGCCGGAGGGGAGAAAUGGGACAAGGGAGAAGGACAGAGGUUACGUGAAGUUGGCUUUGUCCCAAUCCGAGAUUUCCAACGUCGGCGAGGAGGAGGAAGGGAUUUAUAACACCGUCUGUUGAUGUUGGAGCGAGAGAGGAAGUUGGAUUAUAAGUUACUGAAAGAGGAGGAUUGAACGACUGAGCGAUCUCGUGUUUUGUGGAUUGGAUUGGGAUUGAAUCGGGGGUGGAAAAGGAAGAGAUAGGCGAGGAUGUUGGAGGACGAAAUGCUUCCAAUAAUUAUUCACCGAGGAUAACAAAAACGCAUUUUCAUUUUAUAAAAUUAAAAAGGAAGAAGGGGGAGGGGGAUAGUCGAGGGAACCAGUUCUCGAGAAGAAGAACGUUUUAAACUUUCCAACGUAUAAACUAAAUCAUCCUUGUACAGCUCGUAAACAUCAACCACAUUGAAAUGCUUUCGAGUUUUAUUCUGCCUUCGGGCGAAAAAGGAUCGAGAUCUUGAAUCGCUCGACACGUUCUCGAACGUUUUUUAAAAGACAGUUUCGCGUCCACAGCUUCGAUAAAAUUUCCUUUCCAACCCGAUCGAUUCCAGCAAGUGACACUCUAAUUUUAUCGAGCUGCUUGGAUCGAGCGCAGAUCGUCGACAGGCUCGUUAACAAGAUGAAUAAACAUCGAAGAGAGUCUUUGGCACAGUUAGAAUUCCGUUUAAACAAAUUUAUAGGAGUAAAAUUUUAACUAUCAUCCCUCGUAUCUUUCUGAUAAGUAAUUAUUUUCCCCAAUGAAAAGAAUCAUAAUUAAUUAAAUAGAUGAAAAAGCAAAUAUAUAUACGUCUUCCUUCUUUUCUGUUCAUUCUCCCAAUCUCUAAUGGUAUCGUCGAAAAAUAACUUUGCCAAAGUUAAUCUUCUUCCCCUCUAAUUCGAUUAAUCUGAUUAUUAGACCGAGGAUAUUUAUACAAAAUUUGUACACGAAUAAAAAUAACGUAUUAAAAUAAAAUAUAUAUAUAUAUAUAAUUUAUUCUUCGAUUAUUUUAAUCACAACGUGUCUCGAAUAUUUAUAUAUAUAUAUAUAUUUUUUUACACAUACAUAUAAACAUCCUCCAGUCUACUAAUUAUCGACCGUGUAUGAACCUGCUUGUCCUCUUGUACAUCGUAUAAACAUAGUUCUAUCGUGGUUCAUUGAUAAGGGACAACGUGUGACUUCCUAGAAUCAAGAUGGACAGAGAGGGGAACAAGCGUCGAGGAAGAAUUUACAGCGUCAUUUGCCGAAGGAAUUAUCCUCCCAGCGUCUUUUUCUACCCUUUUUCCGAGAGAGAACGGCCGCGUCCUCCACGGGGAACCGGACCGGAAGAUUUACAAGGCUGUUGACCGGUGAAAAUGAUCGCGUAAUUGCGGUCCUGGGCGCUCGCGGCGGAUGUAGCGGGCCCUCGGCGGGACGCCAACCCGACUUCCGGUUGCAUUAAAGGAUUCUGCGCUGUGGACGAUCGAUUAUUAUUAGGGGCGACCAGUAUUCGAGGACGUGACGAAGGAUCUGAUUCUUCGUUUGUGAUUUAUGGAUUGAUAUAAGUGGAUUGGAGAGGAGGAUGUGACCUGAGUUAAAUCAAUUUAUUAAUUUUCGGAGUGCGAUUCCAUGAUCGAUUGGAUGAUUGAAGUGAAUUUGGAAUUUUUUUAAAAUCUAGACCGAUGGAGAUUUAAAUUCCAAAUUUCCUUUUCCGAUUUAUGGGUCAGUGUAUCUUUUAGAAGAGUGAAAAAUUGUGUGUGAAAGAAAUAGUUCCUUCUUGCCUGGUUGUGCAAGGGACACGUUUUUAGCAAUGAUUACAAUUUAGUUUGAAGCGGAUUGUUUUCGAUAUUCGAUAAAAACAUUUUUUGUACAGUUGUUGGUAAACGUUUUAGCGUUUAAGAUGGUUGAUUCGACGACCAGCGUUUUGUACAUUUGUUGAUACUGGUUGUGAACGCCCACGAGAAACACGAUUUGUAAUUUUCUUAUUGUAUAGUUAUUAUUUUAUAAUACACUGAUUUGCAGUUAAA